AUGGCGGCCGCUCGUUGCCUGGAGGGGGCUGAUGGGGCCCUCCUUCCUUGGCUGGUCCUGCUGCAGAGCGGAGGGCGCAGCAGAGCGGGCGCAGCAGCAGAAGCAGCAGCAGCAGCAGCAGCAGUAGCGGCACCACCACCGCCGGCGCCGGACGCUAACGAAGCAGCAGGGGCUGGCGCUAUGUCUUUGUGCUGCUGGAUCUCCUCAGCCCUUAAGGGGUCCCCCAGCCGUGUUCUUCUUGCCCUGUUGUUGGUGGGCUGUUCUCACCCUGGCGCCGAUGCUGCUGCCGCUCAGGCAGCAGCAGCAGCAGCAGCAGCAGCAACAGCAGCAGCAGCAGCAGCAGAAGAGUACCCAGAUUACUGUUUAAAGGAGUGGACAGUACAAGAAAGAAGAUCGCUGCCGCCGCUGAGUGCAGCUGCGCAGGCACUGCAUCUGCAGCUCCAACAGGUACACGCGCUGGUGCGGCACGGCGCUAGGGCCCCCUAUGACCGCAACUGUUGGCGCUGGGGCGCUGCUGCGGAAUCUGAGCUAUCGAAGGACAGCAGCAGGAGCAGCAGCAGCAGCAGCAGCGACACAAGCAGCAGCAGCAGCAGCAGCAGCAGCUCUGCACACCGCCAUGUGGGGCCUGCCCCAGAGCAGGAUGCCUUGAGGAGCGACGCAGAGCGAUGCCCCCCAGUAGGGCAUCAUGGGUCGGGGGACUGUGCUGCUGCUGCAGCAGCAGCAGCAGCAGCAGAGGCAGCCACAGCAGCAGAUUCUGCUGGGUCUGCAGAAGGAAUUAAUGUAAGGGAAAAGGAUUCAAGUGCAGCAGCAGCAGCAGCAGCAGGUGCUGGAGAAACACACACCCGCAGAGGCGCACCAACGCGGAAUCUUUCCGCUGUUGACAGCAGCAGCAGCAACAGCAGCAGCAGCAGCAGUAGCAGCAGCGGCGGCGAUAGCAACAGCAGCUUGGCCCUGAUGUCUGCCGAAACCACGGGGGAUGGAGCAGCAGCAGCAGCAGCAGCAGCAACAGCAGCAGCAGCAACAGCAGCAGAGAUGGGACCGCCAUGGGAAUGCGCGUUCCAGGAGGAGUUAGGGAUGAAUGAUACCAGGUCAGGUGUACUGGCUUCUGCUCCUCUCCUGAAGAAGUACGUAGCAACUGCAGCAGAAAGGGGGCUGUUCAGAGGCAGCUGUGUCCCCUCCAGUCUGCUGGAUGAGGGGGCAGCACAGCUGCGGCUCAUUGGUGCUAUCCUGGGUCGCGCCUACGUUGCGCCUGCGUCUCCACCUCCGCAGCAGCAGCAGCAGCAGCAGCAGCAGCAGCAGCAGCAGCAGCAGCAGCAGCAGCGCAUGCAAGUGGAGACACAUGAGGUGACCUCGGACCCCCUUUUGUCUGGUUAUGCUUCUCCUAUAGUAACAGAGCUGAGGAGACAGGCAGAAGCAAGCCCUGAGUUUGCUGCACUGAACGCAAAACAUAUAAAAAUAAAGAGACAGCUGAUGCAGCACCUAAAAUUAAAUAUAAAUGAAUUAGAUGCUCUAUGGCCUGAAGUUAUUGUUGACUGUACCCUCACAUAUGCAUGCAGCGGGAGGAGACACCUGCUGCCACCGCUGCUGCAGCAAAAUAACUUCGCGCUGCUGCAGCAGCUGCAGCAUAUCAAUGAUCAGAUCACUAACUUCUGGACGGGGUGGGCAGAUGCUGCUGCAGCAGCAGCAGCAGCACAACCCCUCUUUGAGGAGCUCGCGGCGAAGAUAUUGGCGCCCAUACGCAAGAAACAGCAGCUGCUGCAGCAACACGGUAACAGCAACAAAACAACAACAGCAGCAGCAGCAGCAGCAGCAGCAGCAGCUGCAGAAGAGGCCCCACAGGGAGCUCUCUCUCUGUACAUGACCCACGAUGUCACCCUCAUUUCAGUUCUCGCGGCUCUGAAAGUUUAUGGUGGCGUUUGGCCCCCUUAUGCAUCUGUUGUUGCCUUUGAGGUCUACGAGCACUUCCCGCAGCAGCAAAAUAGCAGCAGCAGCAGCAGCAGCAGCAGCAGCAGCAACAGCAACAGCAGCAGCGGAAACUCAAGUAGCCAAGGCUUGACAUCAUAUGUCUUCCGACUUGUUUAUAACGGUGAGGUCCUAACAGCUAAGAUGCCGGGGUGUAAGGGAGAGGCGCUGCUGGCCCCUGACCUCUGCAGCCUACAAGUCCUCAUCAGCACCAUGCUGGCCCCCCCGCCCAGGCCUCCUGUGCCUGCAGAGAAGCAGCAGCAGCAGAGCCAGCAGCAGCAGCAGCAGCAGCAGCAGAGCCAGCAGCAGCAGGAGGGCCGGGAGAAAGGGGGGGAGGUACCGCAGCAAGAAGCGGACCAUAAUAAUCAGCUAGAGCAGGAAAAGCUGCAGCAGCAGCAGCAGGAGCAGCAGCAGCAGCAGCAGCAGCAGCGGUUGCAGCAGCUGCAGCGUCAAGAAGAAAUGUAG